GACUUCACAUUGCCGAAGAUCACUUAUUAUUUCGUGUUUCUGCAACGACAAAGAAAAAAAGAAGAGUCGGUUCACUUAUUCUGAAGGAAACCGACCGGAAGUCUUAUUCCAGGGUAACUUUCACAUCGGAGGCAGUAGCAAUGGACGAGUAUCAGGCAGAAGAGGAGACUGCGUUUGUCGUUGAAGAAGUGAGCAAAAUCAUAAAAGAGUCAGUAGAAGCAGCCAUAGGAGGAAAUGCCUACCAGCACAGCAGAGUUAACCAGUGGAGCACCAGUGUAGUGGAGCAGUGCCUCAGUCAACUCAGCAAGCUGGGAAAGCCUUUCAAAUAUAUUGUAACCUGUAUCAUCACGCAGAAAAAUGGAGCAGGUCUGCAAACAGCCAGCACAUGCUUCUGGGACAACUCAAGUGAUGGAAGCUGUGCCGUGAGAUGGGAGAACAAGUCCAUGUACUGUAUCGUCAAUGUUUUUGGACUGGCCCUCUGAACCAACUACAAUGUACCUGAAGUGUUUGCAAUAUUUAGGAUUUUGUGUAUUUUCCAGAACCAGCAUGUUAUGUUUGGUCAUGUUGCCUAUAUUUGAAUACAUUUUGUUUUGAUAGUAAGUGCAAUUAAUUAAAACAAUACUAUGCUUUAUAUACUUUGCUUUAUUUACAUGUGACAUGACAGAGUGCUACAUGUACAGCUUUCAUCGCAUGAAGUGACAAAAAUCAAUCUCAUUUAAACACCUUAAACCAUUGUAAACUACAUUCACACUGAAAUAAUAAAAAAAUGUAAAUUUAUGUCAAAGCAUUUAUACAUUUGAGACUGCAGCCUGUUAAGAAGAAAUUUAAAGACAAGGCACCAUCUUGAUUAGAAUACAUGUUGAGAUAUUUGUAGAGAAUGGAAACACAUUUGUUUUUGCCAUUUUUGUCCAUAACUCCCGUUUUAUAAAAUAAUGGAAAGGACAGCAAGUCACAUAUUGUAAGCAAUAUAGGAAAGUUACAGAAGAA